ACUGGUCUCGUGACGCUUUUGCUGCGCGACAGCCUCGAAGACAUGAUGACGAGAGUUGCUCUCAUCUGUUAGCUCUUGAAGCCAAAUGAGACGUUUCACCUUUACGUUUGGCGUUAUACGGACACAAAAGUCGUCCUCAUCGAUUGUUUGCUGAAUAUAAACCGUCGCGUUGAGGUUUUUCGACCGAGGAGGCGUCAUUGGGUGCUCUCCAGUCUCCCGAUAGUCCCACACACCUGCCUUCAUUCAAUGAAGUGUUAGCAUCACACUUAGCAUCUGGAUUUUUUUUCACAAAAAAAGGCACACCGUCGACACGCUUCAGCAUCCUCCGGACACACUUUUAUACAACAUCGGUGACCAAACGGUGACGCGCUGGCGCAGGUUGCGGGGUGUCCGUGGAUAAUGCGAGACAGUGGGGGUAGCCUGACCCAGAACCGCUGGCAGGGAGAUCUGGGUCUGACUGCUGUGGGCCAGGAAGACACAGGAGGAGGUGGGAUUCCUGGAGACCACCUCAUUGUCCCAGUGUCCGACCAUAGCAUUCCCAGCCCCAUGCAUCUCCGCCUGGGUCAGAAAGAAAGGGUGUGGAGCGGUGAGGAUGACGUAGAUGAGGACGCGAUGGGCCAGAUCAACGCCGAGGAUGCUGACGAUGAAUUUGAGGGCGGCUGCUGGGAGGAGGAUGAGGAGGAAGAAGUAGAAGAAGAUGAGGAUGAAGAGCAGGCAGCUGUGGUGGACUGGGACAUGGCAGACUUUCCCCCCCAGUCCACCCAGCAUUACCAACACUCAAACUUUGGAGUGUCACAAAAGGAUGAAGAUGUGAGGACGGAGGAAGACACACCGGCACCAAUCCCCCUGAUUGGAACAAGACGGCAGACGUCGGAGUCCCACUUACACAGAUUCUGGGCUCUGCAGCGUACCCGGUCCCGGCGCCAUCGCCGAUUCCAUGGCGUCCUUGGUUCUCGACUGAGCCAGCACUGGAAGAAUUGGCGGCUACGGGCCCAGCGGGUAUACUCCCUCGGCCUCCGCUGGGGCUUGAAAGGACAGAUGUACAAUUGUUACAGCAAGCCAAGGAGGAUAAAAGGCUAUCGUCCAUCGCUGUACACUGACGAUGAUAUCAGCGACGACGAGAGAUUCACAGAGGCUGGUAGAGAUAAACAGAGGAGCAGCUGCUCACCAGACAGGUACGGGGACCGAAGCAGACGGGAAGUGGAGGAAAAACAAGCAGAGCCGGCGCUUUCUGAAGAGCACGUGAGCUGUGUAACAGGCAUUCUGGAAGAAUCCCUGCAGAAAUACGGCAGUUUGAUCCCAAUCCACGUCGAAGACAUCGUGGAGCGGCUUCAGGACAUCUUCAGUGAGAACUUUGCGCAGCCACACAGGAAAACCAUGGUCCAACAUUUGAUACAAUCCUUCCAGCGUUCCUCGGGAUCAGCUCUGGCCAAAACCUUCAGAGUCAACUACAAACGUCACGUUCUUACCAUGGAUGACCUCGGCACUCUCUAUGGACAGAACUGGCUCAAUGACCAGAUUAUGAACAUGUAUGGCGACCUGGUCAUGGAUUCAGUUCCAGAGAAGGUUCACUUUUUCAACAGCUUUUUCUACGACAAGCUAAGGACAAAAGGCUACGAAGGAGUCAAACGAUGGACGAAAAAUGUGGAUAUCUUCCAGAAGGAUCUGCUGUUGAUCCCCAUCCACCUGGAGGUUCACUGGUCGCUAGUCAGUGUGGACAUUCCCCGGAGAGCCAUCACAUACUUCGACUCCCAGCGGACACUCAACAGACGCUGCCCCAAGCACAUUUAUAAGUAUCUGCAAGCGGAGGCCAUCAAAAAAGACCAGCAAGAGUUUUUGACCGGCUGGAAAGGCUUUUUCAAAAUGACUGCAAGGCCUGUGUAUUUUCAGAAGGUGGGCCGACAGAACAAUGACAGCGACUGCGGGGCGUUUGUGUUACAGUACUGCAAGUGUCUGGCCCUGGGGCAGCCGUUCAGCUUUGGUCAGCAGGACAUGCCUCGCCUGCGGAGGCAAAUGUACAAAGAACUUUGUCACUGUAAGCUCACCGUGUGAAUCCCACCCCUACCGUAUCCACACCAGCCACAGAAAGAUGGAGGGGGCCGGGGGGAGCGCCCCAGACAGAACACUCAUCAUUGAUCGUCGCGACCAUCUUGUGGAUUCUUCAGUGGAAGCUAUUCAUGUAGAUAA